UGAAAAAAUGUGUCUUGUAUUUUAUAGAAAAAAAACUAAACAGACUUUUUGGCCAACCCAAUACAAUCACAUUAGGGCUUAAGGCUUCAGCAUAUGAAUUUGGGAAGCAAACAAACAUUUAGUCCAUAACAUGACCAAACACAGCCCCCAAAUAUAUGAAGUAAAAAAGUCAUGCUUGAAGGUAGAAAUAGUUAUACAAUAGUAGCUGAAGACUUUAGUACUCCACUUUUAAUAAUUAACAAGACAAUGAGACAGAAUAUCACUAAGAAUAUAGAGGAUUAACACUAUAAACCCACUGGGCCUAACAGACACUCUACCUGAUAACAGUAGAGUACUGAUUUUUUCUCAAAUGUACAGAGUAUGCUCCAAGAUAGAUUAUAUAAUAAAUCAUAUAGAAAGUCUUAAUACAUUUUAAAGGACUAAAGAUAUAUCAAGUUUCUUUAUGAAUCAAAAUAAAAUGAAACUAGAAAUAAUAGUAGGAAAAAAGGACAUUUCACAUACAUAUGGAAAUUAACACACCUUUAGAAAUUAAUGCAUUACAAAAGAUAUCAAAAAUAAAAUGAGAAAAGUCCUUGAGAUGAAUGAAAGUGAAAAUACAACAUACAAAGAAUUAUAAAGAAUAAGCCUAGUGAAUAAAACUAGAAAUCAACAGAAGUGAAAAGUCCACAAACAUGUAGACAUUAAACAUAUUUGUAAACAAUACAAAAAAUAAUAAAUUAUAAGAAAAAUUAGAAAAUAUCUUGUGAAACAUGAAAUAAGAACAUGACAUACCAAAAUUUAUAGGAUGCAUCAAAAUAAGUGCAAAGAGGGAAGUUUAUCACUGUAAACAUUUACAUUAAAAAAGAAGAGAGAUGUUAUGGAAGCUGGAGCUGCUGGUGAGCAGGACCUGGUCUGGAAAACAAAGGAGAUUAAUUCUGAUCAAGAUGACAACCUCUAAAAAGCACCCAGACUUUGUAACAGAACCCAUGGGGGAACAGCCAGUGGAGAACCUGGCUGGGAUUGGUGAAAUCAUGGGCAAGAAGCUGGAAAAAUGGGGCUUUGACAAGGCCUGCAUGGUCCUUGGCCAGUUUCUGGUGCUAAAAAAAGAUGAAGACCUCUUCUGGAAAUGGCCAAAGGACACAUGUGGCAUCAAUGCAAAGCAGUUUCGGGACUUGCUUGCAUGCCUUCAAGAGUGGUGUGAUGCCUUCUUGUGACACUCUCUGGGGAGCCCCCAAUCCCUAACCCCAGUCUUGAGUCUCCAGAGUUUGCAUCUGAGUUGGGGCUCUACUCUUGUCCUCUACAAAGGAAAUUAUUGCUG